AUGUUCAUCAAUAACGACUUGAGAAGGAUUCGCAAAAUCCUUGACGAUGAACUCUGUACUGCUGAGAUUGACGCUGCAGAGACAAACACAGACACGGACGGAGAAGAAAUAGCCAAGCGAGAUCCGUUCCUACUUUCGAUGAGCUUCGGAAUUGUUACGCGAUUUUUGGCUUGCGCAAAUUGGCAGAGGCCCAAGGCGGCAACAAUGCUUACCGACAAAAGCUCAAGAAAAUUGUCACGGGCAUGGAGACGGGCUACCGAGGCAUUGAAGGCGUGGGGAAAGAGUUUGAGUCCACGGACGAUUUGGGAGAAACCAUGCGGACCAUAUGUCUCUAGAUUGCGAUCAAAUGAAACAAGCUUUAAGAAUGGCAUCGAGAAGGAACUGGAGGUAGUGGUGGAGGUGGUUUUGGUACAAUAA